AUGGGUAACCCACAUGUUGUAGUUAUACCUUGGCCAGCCCAGGGCCAUGUAAUUCCUCUUAUGGAAUUCUCUCUAUGCUUGGUCGAACAUGGAUGUAGAGUUACAUUUAUAAACACAGAGUUCAAUCAUAAUCGGGUCAUGAAUGCUUUUACAGAGAGGCAUACUAUAGGAGAUCAACUUCGCCUGGUUUCUGUCCCAGGGUUGGAAUUCCAUGAGGACAAGGAGAGACCAGCGAAGUUGACUGAAGGAAUCUGGCAGUUUAUGCCGCAGAAGGUGGAGGAGCUCAUGGAAGAAAUCAACAGUGUUGAUGGCGAUGGGAUUACUUGUGUUGUUUCUGACCAGUCUAUAGGUUGGGGCCUGGAAAUUGCAGCAAAGAUGGGAAUCCCGCAAGCUGCCUUCUUUCCUGCAUCAGCGUUGGUGUUGGCCUUGGGACAGAGCGUUCCUAAGCUGAUUGAGGAUGGCGUCAUAAAUUGUGAUGGAAUUCCAAUAGAGCACCAGAUGAUUCAGUUGUCACCUACCGCUCCUGCCAUCAACACUAAAAACUUUCCAUGGGUUCGCAUGGGGAAUGUAACCAUGCAGAAAGCUACUUUUGAAAUUGGGUUUAGAAACAGAGAAGCUGCAGAAAAGGCAGAUUGGUUUUUCUCCAAUUCAACUUAUGAUUUUGAGCCUGCAGCAUUUGCCUUGAUCCCAAAGCUCAUACCUAUAGGACCACUUGUGGCUAGCAAUCGGCAUGGAAAUUCAGCAGGAAACUUCUGGCCAGAAGACCAGACUUGUCUUGAAUGGCUCAAUCAACAGCCACCCUGCUCAGUAAUAUAUGUUGCAUUUGGUAGCAGCACAAUUUUUAACCAGACCCAGUUCCAGGAAUUGGCAUUAGGACUCGAACUCUCAAACAUGCCAUUCCUGUGGGUCGUGCGACCGGAUGGUACUGAUGGGAAAAAUGAUGCCUACCCAGAAGGAUUUCAAGACAGGGUAGCCACUCAAGGACAGAUAGUAGGGUGGGCACCUCAACAAAAGGUUUUGGGUCAUCCUUCUGUUGCUUGCUUUUUGAGCCAUUGUGGUUGGAACUCUACUGUAGAAGGUGUUAGCAAUGGGGUCCCUUUUUUGUGCUGGCCUUACUUUGCUGACCAGUUCGUUAAUGAGACCUACAUUUGUGAUGUUUGGAAGAUUGGAUUGGGGUUUAACCCAGACGAGAAUGGGAUCAUCACGCGAAAAGAAAUUAAAAAUAAGGUGGGGCAGCUGCUUGGUGACGAAAAAUUCCGGUCAAGGGCUCUAAAUCUCAAGGAAAUGGCCAUUGAUAGUGUCAAAGAAGGCGGUCCCUCUCACAACAAUUUCAAGAAUUUUGUUGAAUGGUUGAAAGCAUAGACAAAUGCUUUGUGCUCUGUUCAAACUUCAUGUUUCUUGUCUUUGUUUU